UCUUGACAGGGUAACAAUAUUAUCAUUAAUACGUAAUAAUGGACUACUAUUAUGAAGACGACUCGGACGAGCGUUCGACUACAUCCACACAAAUCAGCCAAACUGGCGAAAACUAUUCUUAUGACAGCCAACGAUCAGUUCCAAAGUCACCAAGAUUUCAAGCCCUUGGAAAUUCAAGCAGGCGCAGUAGCGGGAAUAUCUCAAAUUCUUAUCACCCAUCACCAUAUGGAUGGCAGCCUCCGAACAUGAGCAGACAACAAAGCAAUACAAGCGAAUUAGAAUCUCUUCCCAGCGAUUUCGGAACAGAAUUUUCAGACGGAUUCAUGUAUGUUGACCCAGACCUGGCCUAUAGUAAAGUAGAAGAGACUGUCCCAGGAAACUUAGAUAAUAAAGGAGUAAAAGCAAAAGACGUUUGUCGACAAAUAUCCAAGUUGCUCAGAGACAAAGAUUCCCCUUCAAGGGGAUCUCGGAUGUUCCAGAAAAGACGAAAAAGAGCGCAUAAGUUCACUACUGUGGGAUACGGAACACAACCGCCUGACGAAAACAAGGCACAGGUAGUGUAUAACGACGAUACUUCAUCAUCUGAAGAACUAUCAAGAUUAGAUUAUACAACAGACGACGAAGAGAUAGCAGCGUAUGAUAAACCAGGCGUGCACAACGUACUGACGUCAAGCACACACUUAAAUCCUUCAGACCAGCUUAUUCAAAAGCAAUUACGAAAUCUAGCUAUGGACGCCAGUGGAAUGCGUGGAAAGGGUGCAAAAAUAUUUGCUAAGCGACAACAGCGCAUGGAAAAUUACGUCAUCACGGAUGAGAAUAGAAAGCAAGUUCGAAACCGAAGUGCAUCAACCGAUAGAGAGCUUCCGCCUAGAGCACCAAGAGAUUAUUCCCAGGGAAGCUACGUCAGACCAGGUUCUUCUAUUGCAAUUACCCCCAAACCAAUGUACAAUAAAGUGCCUGUCAACUUUAAUCGUGGCCAAUCGGGGUAUUCUACAGAUGUAGAAGAUGAUUAUAGAAGUUUUUCUAAACCCCAGGUAAACUAUUUUAGUGACUGCGAGGGUAUAGCUCCUGAAAGACAAAGCCGGUCAAGACGCACCCGACCGAUUAACCGCAGAGCAUGGGAAGACGAUAAUCGCCAGGAGAGUGAUUAUUCAUUGAAUAAUGUAUACACUGCUCAAUCUAUGAAUAACAGCAUUCAAAGGCCACCAAAUCCAGGCUAUGUCAGCGGCGGAGAAGAAUCUCAAUCAAGGUCGCCAUUCAGAAGAGUGCUUCCCCCUGGAAGAUCCCCACUUAUGUCUCCCAGUAGGGGAAGUCGAGAGUCAUCUUUGACUAGAAAUUGCAGCCUCUCGCCCGCAAGACCGGAGCUUUCAGUCGAAGAAUCUUCUACACCAAGAAGAAAUUGGUCACGUGUGACAUUCAAUCCAAGAAAAAUUACAAGCCAGCCCGUCCCAACACCAUCAUCAGUUGUCGACUAUCCGUGUAAUCGUACUCACGCUGCACAAAGUAAGCCUCUAAUUGCUAAAAAUCUUGUUUCGAGAGCACCGUCUAACUCUCCACAAAGGCAACAUCCUACUCAGACCGCAACAUAUAGCAGACCACCAAUGCCAAAGACUACUCCACAAGCUGCACUCCCCAUACCUCAGCCUCCUAAAGUACCAAUGCAACAACAACCCAGAGUAAGCCAGAAACCGUUGGCUGCAAAUCCGAACAACGCAACUGCGUCUUCUAGUAAAAAUAACUUGGAUCUGACUGCAUACAAGCCAAGUUCAGCAGUUUCGUUGCUCGAAAAACCAAUGGCCCGUAAAAUCAAAACAACGGCGCAUUUGACGCCAAAUAAAUUUGCUGAUGAUGUGCCUCCUAGUGACAACGAUUUUAUAGGAAAUACAGAAAUAAAUUUAUCAGAUAUUGUCUCUUCGAUUAAAAAUGAAAUGCCCGAAGCAUCAGAAAAUAAUCCCGAAAAGGAUUCAUUCGAGGAACAAGACAAUGCUGCGCCAACUAAUGGGGUAAAAGAAGAAGAUAAUGUUAGAGGGAGUUCCCCCGCCAGCGUGUUGUCGUAUGUGAGCUCUAACUCGAAUUCAUCAACGUUCACAUCAAUGCUUCCUUCUAGAUGUUUGACGCCACCUGCUCGCCCUUUCACGCCAAAUGGAUCCAGAUCUGUCAAAAUUGUUUCAAAAUACUCUACAUUGGAAAAACCUGCUUCUAUUGUCACUCAUAACACCGUUUCUGUUGAUACUGUGACAACAGAAGCGCCGAUCAAGGCACCACUUGUGUCCAGCUCUUUUGCGAAACAAAAAGAGGAUCAGCCACCUAAAGGGGAUAAAAUAUCUGCCUGCAUGAAGGUUCUGGAUCCAUCAAAAAUGUUAUUUAAACCAAAGCCACCCGUGCAAUACCAACCCUCCCCUACAUUGAAUGCUAUACUUCAAAGCGAAAGCGAAAAGUCGUACGGGAAUAUGAAAACACCUCCAAUGUCAUACGAGUACCCAUGCAAGAAAGUGACUGAAGUUGAAUCGCCUCUGCCCGUUCCAAAACCAGCAACGAAACAACAGUCGGCAUAUUCUUACCACCCUCCCCCGUCGCCGUCAACAAAAAAACGGUAUUCACCUCCUGGUCAAGAAGCUCUACCCCUUGGAAUGAUCGCGGAAGGAAUGAAAGGGAAGGGUGCAAAAAUGUUUGAAAAGCAGUUGAAACGCAUGCAACAAUACACCAAAGAAACAACGCAUGACGAUUUUCCGGAGCUGUCAAGUCCACAGCCAAACGAAUCUGCAAAUUCUCCGACACCCAGUGGCCGUUUUACGUACCAACCUUUACGAAUGGCGGGAUUUUCACCAACAGGAAAAAAACUGGAGCCCGGAAAAGAAGUUAAAAAUGGUAUGAGAGAUGUCAUGGGUGAAUUCAAAAAUGGUUCAAAACCAGGCAAGGCGAAACGCCCAAGUGAAACAAAAAAGAAAGGAAGAGAUCCGUUAUAUUAUCAACAGCAGUUAUUUUACCGACCACCAUCUGCGGAUGACUUUGUCGAACCACCCCCAGAAGUUAUGGAGUCUCAAUCUGAUGCAUCAUCAGUUACGUCAUCUAAAACAAAUACCUCAUCGCUAUCAUCGUUCAACACAGAUCGGACUUCUACUGAUGCGCUUCUCACGCCACAGCAGCACGACAAUACCACCUUAUCAUCUCCAACUGCUUCUACGUCGUCAUUGAGUGGUAACAUACGUUCAACAAAUUCCUCCUCUUCAAUUUCAUCACAAAAGUCAGUUGGACCAAAAACAGCGCCAAAACCUUCAAGGGCCCUUAUAACACGUCAACUGUCAAAGCCUAACAGUCCUCCGCCAUCCGAUCUAGUAGUGUCAACUUCUCCUACGCCAGAAAUACAGACGUUUAUACCUACGUCACCUGCAAAAACUGAUGAAGAUAGUGCUUUCGUUUUCCAAGGAACUGAAGAAAAAGACCUGAAAUGCAUUGAAAAUCUGAUUGAAAGAAUGCCGGACGAUCAUCGAUGCGACGGUAGUAUCGUGGAUGAAACUAGAUCAAGACGACGAGUCUUGUCAAUUGAUCAAACAAAUGGACAUUCUAACGACACGGAACAAUCACUUGGCUAUGCCCCUGAGUUCCAGCCACCAUCUUAUGACGAUGUAAUAUCAUCUGCAGGGGAACCAGAAGUGAAAAGAUCUGGUGGAUUCGCAGUAUCAAAGCCCAAAUUUAACAUAAAGAAAAGCGGUGUCCCGGUACAAAUGUGGAAACCAGGACAAUGAGACAAAAAAAGACUAACCUGUUACAAUGGUUUUGCCAAAGUAAAAUGUGAAGAUUUGAAAACUUUGAGCAGAAAUAUAGCAAUUACCACUUUGUAUUUUACUGUGUGAAUUUGCAAUUCGUUGUCUUUUCACAAACUAACGGGCGAGCUUAUGCAUGCAAAUUUCUUUACAAACUUGCUUAAUAUUUGCUUGAAAUAGAUUUCACUGCAAAAAUUAUUUUACUGCAACUUUUAUUUUGUUCUAAGAUAAUCCUAUUAUCACUUCAAAGUGUUUUGUAUUAUUGCGGAAAUGUAAUCCUAAAAUAAAAGAUUGUUUUAAGUUUAAGGUUUGCGUUUGACCAUAAUGGGUAAUGGGUAAUACUGUCGAAAAGUUAAACAAAUGUACUUGUAUUCAUGUUACACCAUUUUUCUAACCUUAAUUUGCUUUAUCAUUUUCCUUUUAAACUUAUAUUUCUCCCCAAGUUAAGUAACAUUUUACUGGUAUCAAGUGCAUUAUCUCUGUAUUCUUUCUCUGUACGUUUUUAAUACUUUUGCCUGGUAAAAUUACCUUUAAUUUAUAUAACUGUCAAUAGUAAUUGUUACAACAAAAUUACGUUGAAUCAUCUCAAAAAUCAUUUCAAACCAUGUUGCUUUUAAAUUGUCAAUCCAUGACUUUUUGGUAUAACAUAGCGAGCAUUUACAGCAGAAGACUGAUUUUUUGUGUGAUUAGGAUUAUUUUAUAAUACAAAUGUCGUGAGAAGUACGGUAGCUUUUUGUACUCCUUUGUCGAACUUGGAGAUAUGAUAUUUCCAUAAUUUUUUGAUUUUGCUACAUUUAUAAGCAUAGUCAUUUUCAUAACUUUUGUAAAAAAUAUGAACUUGUAAUUAUCUAUUUAUUUGCAUGAUCAAACAUGAUGAAAAUUUGUAA